AUGGUCAGAGACAUUAGAACUCUUCUUUGGAUACUUCUCAAAACACUGCUUACUAUUUUCCAUUACUCCCAAUUCAGCCAACAUCAUUCCCACCAUAAACACAUCCGUAAAGUAUCCAACUAUUCCAGCUUGUCUCUCCGCCUUAGGAGCAUAUUUCAGGUCACUUGUGUCUAA